AAAGGAUAGGGAUGCCAAAGCAGGGAUUUGAGGUGGCACAGGCCAUGUCAGGGGAGAGUACAGGAAGAGCCCUUUAUGCUGGGAAGCUGGACUUGUUUGAGGGCAGAAAUGCAGGCCAAGCUUCCUGAGAGUCAAGCAGAAAGGGGCAAUAGCCCUGGUGAUGGGUGGCAGGAGGGAGAGGCCUGCAUGGUGUCGCAGUCCAGGAGUCAGGGAGAGUGGCGUGGUCACAGCAAUAUCCCUCCUUCCUCGGGCCUCAGAUCCACCUCCUCUCAGGCCUCCCUCAUUUCCUGCCCGUGAAAUGGGGAUGGGAAAGGUCCCUUCCCUUCACAAUUGAGGGUGAACCCUCUGGGCAGGAUGGAGCCACAGUAGCCCAUGAGCAGUGUGAGAGAGGAGGCCAGACCCCACUCCAUUUAGCUUGUGGCCUGGGACCCUGCAUUCCCGACUCUUCUCACAGGAGGUUCAGCUGCUCGGGGACCCACACGGGCAAGGCAGGGGCUCGCCGGUCGCCGGGACCCAUAGUCUCCCUCAGGCCUGGCCUCUGGGGUCCUGCCAGGUUUCUGCUCCUCCCUGGCUGUUUCCCCAGUGGUCCCUGGAGAUCAGGAAACCAGGCUUCUUCCCAGAGAAAGCUGGGUCCCGGGUGUCACAUGGCCCUGUGGCCGCCAUGGUGUGUCCCCACUCCUCCUUGCUGUGUCCUGGGUUUCCCUGGCUGGGGUUUGAGGAGGUGCUCAGGGUGAGGCUGGCCAGUUACCACUUCUGCACAGCCUCUCCUGCAUUGGGUUCCAGCGGACAUGCUGUUUGUGCCUAUUUAUCUGAUGCCCGAGCAAAUGGGCGUCCUGUUUUCACCUGCCAGCCUAGCAUUGUCCCUGUCCCCCAGGCCUGGCUCCUCUUCUCCCCUCUGCCCAUGCCCACCUUGCCUGUCCUUGCAGCCAGCAGGACCCACAGCUGUCCCCUCCUGCCACCUGGUGGCCCCAGCCGCUCACCAAGCUCCCUCUGAGCGCUCCUCCACUCCCCUGCCUGGUGAGCCGAGAUCUGACCGUGGCCCUCUCCUGCUUCAGCUUCAUCCCAGCACCUUACGGGCCUCCUUUGACUCCCUGAAGCAGCAGAUGGAGAAUGUGGGCAGCACGCACCUCCAGCUGGCCCUGGCCCUGCGUGAGGAGCUGCGGAGCCUGGAGGAAUUCCGAGAACGGCAGAAGGAGCAGAGGCGCAAGUAUGAGGCCAUCAUGGACCGUGUCCAGAAGAGCAAGCUGUCACUCUAUAAGAAGGCCAUGGAGUCCAAGAGAACAUACGAGCAGAAGUGCCGGGAUGCGGACGACGCUGAGCAGGUCUGCGAGCGCAUCAGUGCCAGUGGGAGCAGUGCCAGCCAGAAGCAAGUGGAGAAGAGCCAGAACAAGGCCAAGCAGUGCAAGGAUGCAGCCACCGAGUCAGAGAGGGCGUACAGGCAGAGCAUUGAGCAGCUGGAGAAGGUUCGGGCCGAGUGGGAGCAGGAGCACCGGACCACCUGCGAGGCCUUCCAGCUGCAAGAGUUCGACCGGCUGAUCAUCCUGCGCAAUGCCCUGUGGGUGCACUGCAACCAGCUCUCCAUGCAGUGUGUCAAGGAUGAUGAGCUCUACGAGGAGGUACGGCUGACACUGGAAGGCUGCAGUGUGGAUGCCGACCUCAACAGCUUCAUCCAGGCCAAGGCCACUGGCACCGAGCCCCCGGCCCCAGUGCCCUACCAGAACUACUAUGACCGGGAGGUCGCCCUGUCGGCUGGCAGCCCUGGCAUGCAGCCGUCCUGCGGCAUGAUAAAGAGGUUCUCCGGGCUGCUGCAUGGAAGUCCAAAGACCACAUCCGUGCAAGCUCCUACUGAGACCCUGACGCCCACCCCCGAGCGAAAGGAGUGUGUUUACGCAGACAUCGCCAUCCCUGUGCAGGGGGCACCUGCCCAGGAUGGCCCAGCCCAGGACUAUAGGGCGCUAUACGAUUAUGCGGCGCAGAGUUCCGAGGAGCUGGACAUUUCUGCGGGGGACAUCCUGGUGGUCAUCCUGGAGGGGGAGGAUGGCUGGUGGACAGUGGAACGGAACGGGCAGCGUGGCUUUGUCCCCGGGUCCUAUCUGGAGAAGCUCUGAUCAACCCAUUCUGCCUGUGGCCAAGACAGCGCUUGCUUCUCCCCAGGGGUUGGCCCCCAGGAAUAAAGGUGUGCAUUCUUGUCC